CAACUUGUGUCAUAUCUUCCCCAGGCUUGUGAGGAAGAGAAGAAGAAUAACAACAAAACGUCGACUAUCGCAAGGCUAGUUUCCGGCGAGUGAUUGGCGUCGCCGAUCGAGUUUUCCGGCUGAGAUUUGUUUUGUUUUCUUUAUUCACAUGAUUAAACCAAUAUAUCAAGAAGAAGAAGAAGGAUCUACCAUUGUUUCUGUUAGCGAGACCUGAAGAUUUUAGUUGUUUCUGCGAAGAUCGCAUUCUUUCUGAAGAGGAUCGUCAAGUUUUGAGUAGAAGAAGUCGUCGCGGAAUCUGUACUUGUCGGCGAGUUUAAUUUUUGUUUGUUGGGAAGAAAAUUAACAGGUAUUGAAAACCCUAGCUAAUGCUUUUCUGCGAUUUUUUGUUCAUUGUUUUUCACUAAUCAUCGGAGGAGAAUAUACAAAUGUUUGGGACUACCAGAUUUGUGGUUUUAGAAGACAAAUCUAGGGUUAUUUACUUCCUUUUCAAGCUGUCAAUGGCUUCAAGAUUCAUAAUCAGCCCGGAAUUGCCUUUGUUUUGUCUACUCUGUAAUGAUUCUCCAGAGCCGCGACAAUUGAAUUUGCGAUUUGAUCAAGGUUUAAAAAUCCAUAGUUUUAUCUUUGAUGAUUCUUUUCUGGCCUCGUGUAUAUCAAUCAAUUGCUGAAGCAAUUGAAGUUGCGAUUCAGGAUCAGGCCGAAAGUGCCUUUGUUUUCUCUACUGUAUAAUGAUUCUCUGGUACCGAGGCAAUUGAAGUUGCGAUUUGAUCAAAAUUCCAUUCGAUUUGGAUUUUCAUAUCCAUAGCCUUAUCUUUGAUGAAUGUUUUCUGGCCUCAUGUAUAUCAAUCAAUAGCUGAAGACUUAAGUGCUUUCUGGUGGCAUAGGAUCUGUGGUGGGAGGUCAGAAAUAGCUCAUUAAACAAGAGAUUGAGGAGUCAACUAAGCAUCUCAGUGGAGGGAUUGAAUACCCAGAUACCUAAGCCAACCAUCAGAUUGUUCCCGGGGCCCCAUUCCUGGAAUGACUCAUCUUCAAAACCUUAGACUCGCUUGUGUACAUGUCCUGAUAAUUUAAAAUCGACAUUUGAGGAGUUCAAUUAAGAGAAAAAAGCCUAUUGAGACGUUACACAAGACUUGUGGAGGGAGUUUGUAAGUUGAUGGGAUCCAUAUCUGGCAACAUGCUUAAUACUGUAAGUCCGGAAGUUGCAAAGUCUAUAGAUCUUGAGCUGAGUUGGAAGUCUGUGACAAAGAAAAGGCGGUCUAGGAGGACAGUUGCUAGACGCCUCAAUGAGGGUAUGAAGAUGAACAGAAGUCCCAAGAGGGUUGGAGAUUUUUCAGGCUCAGGUUCUGACAAGAUUCAUGGAGCUGGCAGUUGGUCUUCUGAUAAAGCUGAACAUGUUCCAAUUAAGAAAAGAAGGAAUUUGGUUCAAACUUCGUCGGCGCAAUCUCGAAAUCCAUCUAUUGACUGUGAAGAUUCACUAUCACCUCAAUCUCGUCUAGCAACUCCUAUGCCAUCAGAAGACUCCGACCAAAUUUCGAUUUAUAGCCAUUCAUCUGAUCAUUGGAGUUCAGACCCACGUUCUAGAGGACGUGCAUUGAGAUUUGACAGAAAGGCAGCCCGCAAAGUUGGUCUUAGUGAUAAAUUAGUAGAUGCUAAAAGUUCUAAGAUUGCUACUCGGAAACUUUACAAUUCAGAAGACUUCUUGGGAAUUGUGCUUUUAGCUGAUGCUGCUUGCACUAAUUACAAGGAUGGUGACCUUGAUAAUGCAAAGGAAGCACAUGCUAUGGUUGCAUGUGCAGCACCAGGGGGAUUUGUUGGGUCUACUCCUCAUCCGAAGGACAUAUCAGCCCUGAAGGAGUUGGCGGAUCCUGGUAGAGGAGAUAUGAUGCAUGGAAGCAACAUGGAGUCCUCCACUGUUAAUGAAUCGGCUGUUGCUCUUAAAAGUUUUGCUGACUUUAAAGAACCUUCAGUUGUAAGUAGACCAGUGUCACCAAAGGUCGACAGAAUACACUGGGAUCUCAACACUUCAAUUGAAACAUGGGUGCAACCUCCCAAGGAUUCUUCUGUGGAAAAUGCCUUUGCCAAUGGCUUAGAUGAUGGAGCACAGAAUGAGAGACACAUAAUAGAAAUUUGUGAUAAAAAGGGGGGUUUCGAAUACUGUAAACCCAUUUCUGGGCCUGCUGAUCAAAAUGCAACAGUUUAUGAGUUUGCUGAAGUAUGCAAGCUUGAAUCAGUCUCAGUUAAUGCUGGUGAGUUUGGAAACAUUGUUAGCCAUUCUACCAAAGCCUUGGACUCUUUAUCUGCGCAAAGAGAAACAUUUGAUGAACUUGUCACUGGAGAUGCACCAUUAGCUGAUUCUUCUUUAGUUAAAUCAGAGAAUGCUUCAUGCAUGCUUGUUUCAAAUGGAUUAAUUACGAAUGCUUCUGAUGGCCUAGUUUUGACACAGAUUAGAGAGUCUUCUGUAAAGGCUGCAGGAUUUAAUAAAGCUGCUUUAUCUGAGGUCCCAUACCCAGCAAAGCCUGAUUGUGAGAACGCCUCUAAUAAAUACAUUGACUGUAGUGAUCCUAUAACCAGUGAAGUUUCUGAUACUAGUAUUUUGAAUGUCAUGGAUGUUGAAAGUUCUGAUAGUAAUCCACAUGACAACAUUUUAGCUAUUGAUUCUCAAAUGCAGUUAGAAGGGAAUGAAGUAAUUUCUAAGUUCAGUGAUAACUUAACAUCUAAUCAAGUGGAAAAAUGCACAACUUCUGGGAAGGACUCCUCAAAAAGCUGUAAUGAGGGAUUGCAGAUCGAUGACACUAGUCAAUUUGCAAGGAGUGCUUCGGCUUUUGAAGAAAGCCAUAAUUCUGAUAUAUCUCAUGAAGAUCAUGGUCAACUUAUUAGUCGAGAGCAUGUGACUAGAACUGAGGCUGGCUAUGAUUCUCCAUUUGAGGACGGAGAACUAAGGGGAUCAAUUAUGUAUUCUUUGGAGGACAAUGAAAUUAAGGAUGGUGAAGAUGAAUGUGUUGAUUAUGCUUCAGAAGGUAGAGUUGACUUGGAUUUUGAUGCCAGUGAUUACCCAUCCUCUGAAAUGGUUGAAGCAGGUUCUGAUGGUUCACAAAGUACAGAAAAAAGAAUCUCGUCAACCAGCAGAGCAGGAGUAGAUUUUGUGAAGAGUGGAUCUGCAAAAAACUUUAUAAAGAGGCAUUUCAACAGGGAGGACAAUAGCAUUGGUGAUAGUGGUGGAAAGAAAGGGUUGCGUCCUGGAUCUGGAUCUAGAUCUAGAUCUACAGCUCUAAGGUUCAAUGAUAAGAUUGGAAGAAAAGAAGAUGCUUUUAGAAAAGCGCAUACAUCUGAUCGCAUGGCAGCAUAUGAAUUCAGAGGGUCAUACACGGGGGAAAUUAGUUCAAAGGCAAACAGAGGGAAGCUACAGUCACGUAUUGAAGGACCCCUACAUUUGGGUGCGGCAGAUGGGAAUAGCGCUGCACGGAAGUACCAAAAUAGGCCCCAUAACCUUAUUGGUUGUUACAAUAAGCCUGUAAGAGAAGUUAGUCCAGAUAAAUUCGUUGGUAGAUAUCGGUCUGGUUAUAAUUCACAAGACAAAAGGGCAACGAAUGGCCAGUGGAAUAGCUCGAAUUCAAGAGAUUGCUACCCAAAUGCUUAUCGUGACCCUGAGAGUGAUAACUACUCAAGGCAUCGCAAUUUUGCAAAUUCUGCUGACAAGUUAGGUGGGUUUAGCUCUCGAGAUCAUCAGCAAUCAAUAAAUUUUCCCUCAGAAGGUGCGCGCAGGCCACCUUUGAGGAGGAGAUCAUCUGUUGAAAGGGAUGACUAUUAUGAUGUUCAUAGGAGGAUGGUAGCAGUGAGAGGAGCCUACCGGAGCCGCAAUGGUGCUGAAAGUAUCUCUGAGAGGGUUGCAAGAGGUGCAAGGGAAGAAGGGUAUGAGUUUAUGCCUGGUGAUGUACGCGUGCCUCAUUAUGUACCCCCCAGAGGAGAAAGAACUGGUUCUCCAGCUUCAAGUAGAGUAGCUCGUAUUCCACUGCUGAGGAGGAGAUCUCGUUCAAGAUCUAGAACACCUUCUCCCUAUUCGUGGCAUACACAGAGAGAACGAGACCUCAACAGCAGAAGAAGGCAUAGUAGAUCUCCGGAUAUAAGGUCUGAUGCCAGAAUGAGUCGAACGAGAAUGCCCUUUCGGAAACAUGGUUUUACAGCCAAUUAUGGUAAAGAUUUCUCAUCUCCAACAAGAGGCCACUGCCCUCCUGAACGAAGUUCUAGAUGGAUAGAUGAGAGAAGUUUUGCAGAUGAAAAUUCAAAGAACAGGUGGUCUCGUAAAAAUAAUUAGGGUCUAGUGAAAUAUUGUGAUCCUGUAACUUUUGAUCUUUUGCACACCGGUUUAGGGUCUUGUUAUUGUUCUUAGGUCUAAGUUUUGAUAUUUCAAUUUUUCUUACUAAGCAUUACCUGUAAAAAUUGAAAAAUACAAAAUAGAGUCAUGUUUAGCAUGCAAGUUAAGCUUCCAUUUUCAAAGAGAAGAGAACUUUCCUACUGAUCGUAGAAGAGCCCAUAAAAAUGUUCAACAUAUGUGGUUAAUGUCAUUUACAUUAUGUUUGAGUUCAUUUCGAUAA